CCCUCUCUAUUUUCUUCCCCCUCCUACUGCAUUUUCAUUUAUUUUUUUCUUCUUCAUCCUCUUCUCAUCUUCCUCCUCUUCCUCUUCCGCCUCUUCUUUUCUCUGUCUCCCUCUCUAUUUUUCUUCUUCACCUUCCUCCUCUUCCUCCUCCAUCUACCUUCAUUUUUACUCAACUUCUUCUUCCUCCUUCCCUUUUCCCCCUUUUUCCUCCUCAUCCUCUUUUUCAUGCUCUUUUCUCUCCUCCUUCAUCAUCCAACUUCUUCGUCUUCCUUUUCCCUCUUCCUCCUCCUUUUCUUCCUUUUCUUUUCUCUGUCUCUAUGUUCUUCUUACCUUUCCUCCUCCUCCUGCAUUUUCAUCCAAUUUCUUCGGCUUCCCUCUUCCUUUUUUCACCCCUUUUCCUCUUCCUCCUCCUCCUAAUACUAGUAAUUUUAUUCUUUAUCCUCCUUUCUCUAUCUCCCUCUCUGUAUUUUCUUCUUCCCCUUCCUCCUUCAUUGUCAUCCAACUUUUUCGUCUUCCUCCUCCUCCUCCUCCUCUUCUUCCUCUGGGCUCCGGGUACGCCAGGCCUUCCAUAAACCAGGAAAAGGGGUGUGGGUGGGGUAUUAAUAGACGCAGGCAGGCGGCGGGGGUGAGGCGUAGAGUUUUAAUAACUUCAUUAGCGAACGCACGGUGAGAAUGGCGUAAGCUUCCUCGGUAAACUCGAUAUAUUAACUUUUUUUCCUUCUUCAGAGCGAUAAGAAGUAAAGUGAAGGACUUGGCGAUGGAAAUAAGUGUUAAUAUAUGUACUUCCCUGUUAUUCUGUCUAAUUCUGGGUAAUGUAUUUAUGUAAAUUAGAUGUUUUUUUAAUAGGACUUUAAUUUUGCGCAUUGGAAGAGCAUAUCGAAGUACUUGUUGUCGUUUUCCAAUGUCUGUUUAUGUAUUUGUGUAUGGUGCGUCCCUUACGAAAUAGAAAUCAUCGUUCAAGGCAUUAUAAGGAACGGGUAAGGAGCCUCCAAGAUCCCCUCAAGCCGAUAACCGAUUCUAUUUCAUCGUCAAUUUAUGCAUAUUUAUUCCUCCAUCUCCUCUACUAAAUAAAAUCACCGCCCGAGCCCCGAGGCAUUACGGCGGGGAAGACGCCGCCGAGAUCCCCUCAAGAAGACAACCGGUUCGAGGUAGACGCCCCACACCGCAGCACCACCGUGGCAAUGGAGGCCGUUAAGACACAUAUACCCCGCAGCGCAGUCGGAAAUUAGCAGGUUAUCAUUGUAAUUAGUGGUUGUAAAUAUAGCGGCAACCUGUGUAUUUGCCUGGCUGUGUGUGCGGUAGAACAGUUUGGGCUGCGCCUGGAACCUCGUGGUGGUGGUGACGCUGCCAGUGACGCCGCGGAGCUCGAAUUGGAAGUGUGUGGUAUCGUGAUCCACCUUCACACAGUGCCACCGUCACGACCACGGAAAUACUCGAUGCUCAAGCGGUGUUUAAACUUCACAAAUAGCACAACUCGAUCUCCAGCCUGAAAACUAAACGUGUGCAUGACGGAGAGAAAAAAUACCUGUUGUUGAUUACGUUAUUUAGAGUUGAUUGCAUACCUGAGGGGCACGACAGGUGUAAUUAACAGGUGCGGCGCAAUGAAUUAACUCAAAAAACAGUGUUACCGGACCUGACGAGGGGAAGGAAGGGGGCGUGACCUCCUAAACUUCAAGGAAAAACAACAACAAAGAAAAUAUAGAGGAAGGAAAACGUUAACUAGCUAAACGAAUAAUGAAACUUCGGUGUUCUGGGUGUGAGGAGACGAAGGAGGCGUGAAAUAUUAUGUAAAAUGUGGAUAAAUGAGGAUAUUGGGGAAGACAGCAAUGGUGGUGACAGGCCGGCCCCUCGUGGUGGUGACGGUGGUGGUGGUGGUGAUGAUGGUGGUGGAGGGGGAAGCACACAUACCAGUCGCCGACGAGGAGGAGGACGAGGACCGCAUUGAACCCACACCUGUCUGGGUCAUGGAGGGCGGGUCUGCCACCAGCCACGUGAUCUACCCGAGGGACUGGCCGCUGGAGGGCUCGGAAGGGAGUGGCGGCGGAGGUGGUGACGGCGGCGGUGUGGAUGGUGGUGGUGGUGUAGGCGUCGGGAGGCUGAAGAGAGAGUACAGCCUGGAGGACUUCCUGAUCUGGCUCCCCUCAGGUGACGGACCGACGGAAGAGCGACAACACCGCCCUCGGGACACCUCAUGGAUGGACAGAACUCAGGUCAUCACCACCACCGUCUUCGUCACCACCACACUCUUCACCAACGAGCCACAGCUGCCCUCCGCCAGCGUCACCACCCCUCCGGUCCUUAACACCGCCGCCAUCACGAACGAGUUACCAGAGAUAGUCACCGGGAGCAAACGGGGAACCAGGAACUUCACGCAGGCCGCCACUGUUGCAUCUAGUCACCCAGUGAACACGACGCGCCACCCCCACAGCCUCCACAACCCUUACGACUCCAUCCAGAACGACCAGGCGACUUCAGGAGGCGGAGGAACAUGGACGGAGAGGGUUACAGUGACGAGAACGACGACUACGACCCCGCCCACUCUUCUGGCCUCCCUCCCCACCACGCAACCACCGCCCUGCCUCACCACCACCAUGACCACGACCCUCACCACCACCAAAGUCCCCUCGCAACCCCAGCUCUCCACCACCACCACCUCGACCAGCACUUACGACCUGACGGAUUUGGUGAGGUCAUCCAUCGAGUACCCGGGUCCUUCUGCAACGUUCACGGCCCACCAGCCCACGCCCUGCCUCUCCUCCGCCCCCUCCCCCGCCACCUCCGCCCCCGCCCCCGCCACUACCCUUACCCACGCCCCUUCCUCCCCCAGUGAAGUGUACAUUACCGCCCUUGGAAAUCCUGCAGGAGGGGAUGAAGGAAGUACAACACCGGAGUUACCGAGUCCUACACCCACGGAAGAGGAGGAGGAGGAGACUGAUGAUCCUUCCUCCCUCACCACCACUCCCUUCUUCUCCCCCUCCCCCCCUCUCCCCUUCCCUCGACCUUGUGUCUCUUGCUCGAAAAACUCCUCAAUGUCUUCAGCUCGUGAUAACGAUACUGAUACCACCACCACCACUGACACCACCACGACUGACACCACCACGACUGACACCACUACCACCACUGACACCACCAUCCUCACCACUACAGACAUCACCACCACUACCACUGACAUCACCACUCCCACCACCGAUAUCGACACUACAACCGAAACCACCACCACCACCACUGACCAACCCGAAACCACCACUACCAUCACCACCACCGGUCUCACCACCACCACUGACAACACCACCCCUGAUGUUAGAGACGAAGAAACCACUGCCACCACCACUAUCACCACCACUACCAAUGACAGUACCACUGACAUCACCACUGCUACCACUGAUAACACCUCCAUCACCACGACUGACACCACUCUCACCACCACAGACAUCACCACCACCACCGAUAUCACCACUGACUCAGAUGCUUCAGGAAUAGCUGGAUCAACCACUGACAUCACCACCACCACCACUGACAUCACCACCACUACUGACAUCACCACCACCGCUGACAUCACCACCACCACCACUGACAUCACCACCACUACUGACAUCACCACCACCACUGACAUCACCACCACUACUGACAUCACCACCACCACUGACAUCACCGCCACUACUGACAUCACCACCACUACUGACAUCACCACCACCACUGACAUCACCACCCCUGAUAUCACCACCACAACUGACAUCACCACCACUACUGACAUCACCACCCCUGAUAUCACCACCACUACUGACAUCACCACCACUACUGACAUCACCAGCACCAACAAUGACAUCACCACCACCACUGACACCACCACGGCUACUGACCCUAGUACCACUCCAGCGCUUACAGACACCACCUUCAUCACCACUGACGUCCCUACGCUCCUUACCCUCCCUGAUACCACCACUUCAUCACCAGACAUCACCACUGCUACUACUGACAUCACCACUAACCCAACUGACGCCACCACCACUGAGACCACCACUAACCCGCUAAGUACCACCACCACCGACAUCACCACCACCACGGACACCACAGCUGGCUUUCUCAACACCACGACUGACAUACCGGACACCACCACCGCCACACUCCAAGACACCACAACCACUGACCCCACCACCACCAUACCCACCACCCUCACCACCAUACCAGACACCACCACUGACACUACCCUCACCACCAUCACUACCACUGCGCCAGACAUCACCACCAUCACCACCACUGACGCCACCACCACCACCAUAGAGGAGUGUGUAGGGGGGGAGGGGGAGGCGGGUAACACCACCAGGCGCCCGUGCGUCACCGCGGGCAUGGAGGUGGACGCGGUGGACCCCUCGCCCGCCACCGCUGCGGAGGAGGAGGACGGGCGGGGCUCGGAGGACACCACUACGCAGACUGACGCCUCUACUGCCACCACCGACACGCCCACCACCACCACCACCAUGGGGGACGAGGGCCUCACCACCCCCACCCCCACCCCCACAGAUGACGAUGGUGACGAUGGUGAUGAACACCUCGCCACUGACUCUGUGCUUACCACCACCACUGCUUACUUCUUUCUUCCUGACGGUGUUGACGGUGGUGAAGUCACCACCUACACCCCGUCCACCACCUCCACCGCCUGGGCCUUGACGACAGAGCCGGCCCCGGGGGUGGACGGCGUCCCCCUCACUACCACCGAGCAGGCAGAGACCGAGGCGACAGACGCCGCCACCGAGGCAUCGCUCUGCGGGUCAUGUGCCGCGAGGAGAACCAGCCCGGCGCCCACCACGCCCGCCGAGGCGUCGUCACCAUGCCGUUGCGCCUCCCGCCGUCCCUCUGCCGAAGACGCCGCCGACAGCAGCACGACUCUGCUACCCGACGCCGCGCCCACCACCCUGACCACCGUGCCGCACGACACCACGGCCACCACUCUGGUCACCAAACUGCAACCCCCCUCCUCGCGCCCCCCGAAGCCCCCCAGCACCACCACGCUGCCCGUAGUGCACACCACGGCGGAGACCGUCGUGCCGAGCACCUCCGCGGGGCCGCCCACCAAGGAGACACCGAUGGGCCAGCCCAGCGCGCCCAGCCCCAGCAAUAACGCCACGGUGCCCCUGGACCAGCGCUACUGGGUGCGGACGGUGCUGGAGGGCCCGCCACGCGUGGGGGAACCCCACCAGUACUGGAGCACCAUGGAGACGGCGCUCACCACCGUGUUCGAGCUGGCCUACCAGCGGACCGCAGCGCGCCGCCUGGGCCUCGUGGACUCCAAGGGCAACCCCAUCAUCACCCCCGCCCCCCCGCCCACCCCGACCCCCACCACUAACCCCUACGAAAACUACACCACCAUCAUCGCCAGGGUGCCCCGCAGCGACCUCCGACCCACGCCUCCUACUGCCCACCUGCGCCGCCACCGCCAGGCCCUGCUCGUGCCCCUCGCCUACACCCUCACGGACAAGAGUGAGGCCGCCGCGCCCACCAAGACCCAUCCACGAGGAAAGCGACGCGUUGGCCAGCCGGCUCCCCGGGGCGAGCGCGAGGCGCCACCCACAAUGAACCCUGAAGUCAUCCGCCUGCUGGGCCGACGCGCGGCUGAGCCGGCGGUGGUGGUUCGGCUGCAGAACGUGACGCACGACAACGUGACGGGCACGACAGAGCUAGUGUACACCGUGUUCGAGGGCUCCGAGCCCGUGCUGGCGCGGGACGCCGUGACGGUGGCGGAGGAGGUGAACGACAUGGAGGUGGCGGUGAUGCUGGACCAGGUGGUGCUGGUCAAGGCCGAAGAGUACCUGGGCGGCUCCCCCACCACGGCCGCCACGUCCACGCAGGUGUACACCAUCAUCGGCGGCGUGGUGGGCGGCGUGAUGCUGCUGGUCUUCAUCACCUGGCUGGCGGUACACCUGUACAAGCGGCCCGCGCCUGUCUCCUCCUCCCCCAGACACUUGCACCCAGACUCCGAGAGAGGGUCGCCACGAAGUCUGGGCAGCGCGGCGGGGUAUCCUGGGCACCUGAACCUGGGCUUUUCCUCCAGCAGGGACGAGAAGCUGGAGUCCACCGUCGUCAGCACCAGCGCGAGGAACCUGCAGGGCGAGGGUGGCGUGCGGGCCCUCCCCUCGGCCAUCUCCCCACGCGGCCAAGUCCCUCGAGGCAGGCAAGGGUCGCUGCUCGGGUCCAUCGGCAGCCACACACAGAUCCCGCGGCCGCAGCUUUACGACACCCGGAAGGAGAAGGGCUACACCACCGCCGAGGAGGGGGAGGAGGAGGAGGAGGAGGAGGAAGAGGAAGAGGAAGAAGAGGAGGAAGAGGAGGAGGAGGGUGAAGAAGAUGAGGAGGUGCCUGACGGAGGGAAGAAGAGGCUACUUCGGGGCCAAGGGUCACUGGAGGAGCCCCUGUACAGCUCCCCGAACCCCGCCCACGUGCAGUACGCCCACCCAGCCACCCACUCCACCACGCUCUCCACCUCGCAGUCCACGCCGCUGCACUCCGAUCCCCAGCACCACCACCUUAUGGCCAACAUGCUCCAAAGCGCUGCGGACUUCACCGGCAGCAGCACGCGCGGGUCCUCCAUGCUGCCCCCGCCCCUCCUCCCGCCCCCGCAAGGCUUCGAUAAGGACUCCGAGGUUGGCUUCAUCCCCGGCACCUCUCUCCCCAAGUUCCUCCCGCCCCCCCGCGUCCCCAUCAUGUCCCCAGACCGUGCCGCGUCCUCCCGCCUCAACGCCUACGACUACGACCCUGAGGCGCCCCCUAUCCCCCCAAGGAACUACUCGCGGGAGGAGGCCGGUCUCCCGCCCCUCACGCACCCCUCGGCGUCACCGCCCCCCCGCCCCGAGACCAGAGACGCCCAGGUCGAGGCGCGCGAGGAGGAGGGUCGCGGGCCAUCACCUCCAAAUGUACAGCAGCAGGAGAGCCUCGGCCGCCGCCCCUCCGCUGCCUCCUCCCAUUACUCGGACUCCGCGGGCUCGGGCUCAGAGGUCAGCUUCCCCAACGUGGGUCGCCUCCGCCGCCGCUUCCACGACCUGCUGGACGACGCCUUUUCGCUGCUCAACGGCCAACGCCCCGGCGACAAAGUCACGCCUCUCACCACGCCCUCGCCGCCCCGCAGAGGGCGCGCCAGGUCAGCCGCCUUGUAUUUCAGGGGCAGGUCCCGCGAGGUGCUGGACGAGGAGGGGAGGGACGAGGACACGAUGGGCCGGCCUUGGUCUGCCACCGCCGCGCACACCAGUUGGGCCGACAGUCAGGUGGUCGGGGUCGUGCCUCUGGAUGACGGCAAGUCUCCGCGGUCGGCGUGGGGCGACGGGCGGGCGGGCACGGGCAGGGCGCGACCGGGGAGCGGGCGGCCUGGCAGCGGGAGGAGCGCCCGCAGCAUCACGCCCGUCAACUUCCCGCCGCCGAGCCCCGACCCUCUCGCCCCCCCCGCCGCCCUGGCCUACUCAGGGGCGGGGCGGAGUGCGGAUGAGGUGCCGCUGGACCCCGACACUGGACUUCGAACUUCAGACCCCGCCGUGCCGCUCAUCCGCGCCAUCAAGGAGGAGCUGCGGCGCUUCAAGUCAUCCAUCAGCACGGAGUCAUCCAGCGCGUAAGGACGACUGCCGCGCCCUCUGGCUCCCAGCGAGGAGUCAUCCCACCAUCGUUGCCAGAUUGUCGUACUCAGCCUCCUAUGUUUGCCGAUUUCCGACCCAAAAACUGCCUCCUCGACCCCAAUAACUGUCUUCAUAUAUAGUUAUCGUUAAAAUGGUUAAUCAUUGGUGUUUUUUGGCAAUAGCUAUGGCUCAGGAACCGGUAAAUACAAGGCUCUGAGUACGAUAAUUUAGCAACGGUGCAUCCCACGCCCACCCCUCCAUCCUUGUCCCUUCAGAUCUUCGUAGAAUAAGAUGUGGUCUGGAUUUACGCAGUUUUCUCCGCGAUUUCACUUGAGCGCGUUUGAGAAUGUGUCAAUCCGUGGACAAAAUACAGAUGGUUCUUGAUACACGCGAUUUCCUAAGUGGGGUCUCGGGUACACACGGCUGGUUACUUAUUGCCGCAUUCCGCCGCAUAGGACAGGAAAGGGUUCUCAUUUGCGCGAUUUCCUGUGCGCGGUUUUGGUGUGACGCGUUUGACAAGCUCUCAAAGUCCUCCGGUGCGUGCGAAUGAAGAGAGAGCUCGAGAUACGCUGUUUGUCAUGUGUGGCUCCGGUUUUACACGCUUGAUCUACGCGGAAGGAAGGAUGUCUCGACUUAGCACUGGUUCUUCUGCGCGGUUUCGGUUUUCCACGGGCGACCAAUACAUAUUUGUUACCGUGAGCCGCGAUAUGAGAAUGGAAGCCGGUUUCGAAUUGAGUCUUUUUACGCGUCUGAGAGGCUCUUCAAGUGUUCCGCUAAGUGCGCCGCGAUGUUUUCCGUGGAUAAGUACAAGUUCUGUAAGGCUCGGUAAUAUUGAGUCCUUGGUUAGGCCUAAUAGGAUUGUGCGGGCGAGGUUCAUGUGCUCGUGUGUGUGUGUGUGUGUGUGUGUGUGUGUGUGUGUGUGUUAGUACCCUUGGAAAGACGAUCGAUUUUCUUGUUAUUGCGCUUUGGUGGCAUAAGAGAGAGAGAGAGAGAGAGAGAGAGAGAGAGAGAGAGAGAGAGAGAGAGAGAGAGAGAGAGAGUAGCAUCUUUAAUUUACUUUCACUUCUCCUAUGCGUCUCGUCUUCGUUGUGGCAAUUAGCGAGCCUCGAACUGCAUCCUUGUGGCGACAGUCGAUGCGCAGGCCACUCAUCGCUAUUCUUCACUGCGGGACGGUGUACACCUGAAGAAAGUAAAUAACGAUAACUGGUUCUUACUGUUGGCUGUAGCGAGUCGCGGAAACCUUUAGUCUUCCAAAUAUGUCGAGGCCGGUCAGGCGUAGGCUCCCGCGGG